AUGUGUCAGUCAAGUGCAUCUCCGGGUCCUGCUACCGCCAACCAGCUGGACCCUGCAGUGCUGCAACUCGUCCCUGACCACCCGGCCGCCAAAGCAGCACUGGACGUUGCUCUCCAGUCCCUGCCGCCCGCAAUACUAAACCACAGUUUCCGGACGUACAUCUACGCCGAGGCACACUCGUCCCUCCUCCGACAGCUCGGCCCGGCCGCCGCGCCCAUCGAGCCCGUCUUCGUCGAGCCCCACACGCUCUUCGUGGCCUGCCUCUUCCACGACCUCGCCACGGCCGAGAAGUACGACGCGGACCCGGCUCGCUUCGAGGUGGUCGGCGCCAGCGAGGCGGCCAAGGUGUUGCGUGAAUUUCACGUGAGCGAGGCGUCCAUACGUGAGGCCUGGCUGGCCAUGUCCCUCCACUCGACGUCGGGAAUAGCGGAGGAGAUCAGCGGUACGACCGGGGCCCUUCGCCGUGCCAUUGCGACCGAGUUUCACGGCGUGCCCAGCCCGGAAUCCAUCUUGGGAGAGAAGGAGCUCGAGGUUGUCGGGAAACUUCCGCGCCUGAACAUAGAGAAGGUUCUCGGCGAUGCGGUUGUUCGACAAGCGCUCGAGAAUCGGGUCAAGGCACCGUCGGCGACCUGGCCAGGCCAACUGCUCAUCUCACACGAUAAUAACCCUGACUGGUAUGGGGUUAACAAGGCAUUUUGA